CUAGUAGAGAAAAAAAUACUUCCGGAAUAGGAAAGAAACACGUGUGGAAACAUUUUACAGUUUAUAGCUAACUUUUAUUAUAAUGUAUCGAUUUAAACAAGUGCUCCAUCAUUAAAAUAAGUAUUUUACGAUGGCUCCGCCAAGGAGUAAGAAGAGGAAGCCGAGCUUUCGCAGGCUACUGAAGACAAGCAAUGUGAAGCUUGACAACAAGCUAAAGAAUCGUCAGUUCAAGAAGGAGAGCACUGACAAGAAACACCGCAAGGAGCAGAAGAAGCUCCGGGCAGCUAUCAAAGAUGCUGCCUUGAAGACCCCCCUCCCUCUGGAGCGCUACAAGAAGAGGCCAGAGGAUGAAGAGGAGGAGGAGUUUGUGGAGUCCCUGCCAAUGGACAUGAUGGAUGAAGAUGACCUGGAGCAGAUCAAGGCAAUGGCUCAGAAAGCCUCCUUCCUCACCAGAGACCUGUCAUCAAGUGGUCCAGUGCAUGCCAAAAAGCGCAAGGGGGAGCAGCAGGGGCCAGAGAGUUAUGAGAAGAUGCCCAGAAAGAUGCAGCUAACAGAGGAAAAGGAGGUCAUUCACCUCCUGCCAAUCAAAGACAAGAUUAGAGGCCUCAUCCCUCAAAGCAUGGAGAAACCUGUUGUACCAAAAAAGGCUGAGGAGGAGGAAGGAGAUGUCCCAACUGGCUUGGAGCAAUUUGAAAACGAGGAUGAGGCUGUGACCGGGCCGGCCCUGACCCCUCAAGAGCAGCUGAAGCUCCGCACACAGAAGCUGACCGACAGGAAACUACGCAUCGCUAGUCUGGGAUCAGACAUCCUCUCAGACCCCACCACCAACAUCAAGAAGCUGAAAGAGCUGCGAGCCAUGCUGAUGGAGACAGACCCCUAUGUGGCUGUGACGGUCAGAAAGCUGGUCAUGGUCUCUCUGAUGGAGGUCUUCAAGGAUAUCGUUCCGUCGUACAGAAUUAGACCCCUGACAGAGACAGAGAAAGCCUCAAAGGUGAAGAAAGAGACCCAGCAGCUGAGGGAGUUUGAGGAGGGCUUGGUGAGCCAGUACAAGUUCUACCUGGAGAACCUGGAGCAGACUGUCAAAGACUGGAAGCAGAAGAAGAGAAAGAGGAGCGAGGCGGUGUCUCUGCAGUCUUAUAAGGGCCUGGCUGAGGUGGCCAUCCGCUGUAUCUGUGAGCUGCUGGUGGCCCUGCCACACUUCAACUUCCACAACAACAUCAUCGUCAUGGUGGUGCCCCUGAUGAACGACACUAUCAAGCGGGUGUCUGACAUGUGCUGUGAAGCAGUCAAGAAGCUACUGAAGCAGGACAAACAGGGCCAGGCCUCACUAGGGACAGUCAAAGUUAUCUCCGGACUGGUCAAAAGCAGAAACUAUGAUGUCAGACCAGAGCUACUCAAGGUUCUCCUCUGCCUGAGGAUAAAGGAGGUGGAGGUGAAGAAAGAUACAGAUGACACAGCUCCCAAAAAGAAGUUCAUGAACUAUAAAGACAAAAAGAAGAAUCUGUCCAGGAUGCAAAGGAAGUGGAAGAAGGCUGAAGAGAAACUAGAGAAAGAGCUGCUAGAGGCUGAGGCAUCAGAGAGCAAAGACAAGAAGCUCAAACUGCACACAGAGACUUUGAACAUAGUGUUCUUGAUAUACUUCAGAGUACUGAAGAAAGCUCAAAAGUCGAUCCUGCUUCCCUCCGUUUUAGAAGGUCUAGCAAAGUUUGCCCAUCUGAUCAACCUGGAGUUCUUUGAUGACUUGUUGAACGUUCUCCAACAUCUUAUCCAAUCAGGAGAUCUGACCUAUCGGGAAAGCCUUCACUGCAUUCAGACAGCUUUCAACAUUCUCUCUGGUCAAGGUGAUGUCCUCAAUAUUGACCCACUGAAGUUCUACACCCAUCUGUACAAGACACUGCUCAAACUCAAUGCUGGUGCAUCUAAUGAUGACAUCAGCAUCGUGCUGCGUUGUCUCGACGUGAUGCUGACCAAGCGCAGGAAACAGGUGACCCUGCAGCGCGCCCUGGCCUUUGUCAAGAGACUGAGCACGCUCAGUCUGCACACACUGCCCAACGCUACGGUGGGCAUCCUGGCAUCCAACAGGACGUUGAUACAUACCUUCCCCAAGUGUGACAUCCUCCUAGACAAUGAGGCUCAGGGUAGUGGGGUGUUCCUUCCUGAGCUGGAUGAGCCAGAGUACUGCAACCCUCAGAACACUGCCCUGUGGGAGCUACACACACUUAGGAGACAUUACCACCCAGUGGUCAGGAGGUUUGCCACUCACCUCUGUGCAGGGGCUCCUAGUGAAGGAUCUGGAGCGCUAAUCGUUCAACUCGCUAGAAGGCACCCAGUGGAGCUGUUUGAGGACUACAGAGCUAAAGACAUGACAUUCAAUCCUCCAGUGGCAGCGCCUAACACAAAGAAGAAGGAUUAUUUCACGAUAGGCACUGCCCUGCUGGAUGAUAAAUUAAAGCAACAGAUUGAUCGUGUUCUCUCAGCGGAGGAAGAGGAUCCUAUGUCGCUGGAUUUCUCUGCAAUUCUACCACAGACCAACAGCUCAUAAUACUUCAGACCCCACCGGAAAAACACCCCCUUUCCUUUGUGCCCAUGCCUGUAUUUUAGAUCUAAGUGGACUGUAAUAAACAAUCAACCGUUGACUAGUUUCUGUUUGUGACAGUGCUGUUUGAUCAUUGUCUUUGCGGUUGACAUUUUUGACAAGAAUGUACAAAAUAAUGGAUACAGUUAAGUGUUAAAGAACAUUAAAGUAUUGUUGAGUUAAACCA